AUUUAUUUGAUCUUGAAAACAAAGGAGUAGGACUUAAUCAUGAUUUCAAUCAUUGGAAAUUUAAUAGCAGUAUGUUUUCGCAGGGAGUUAUGCCAUUAUCCUUUACUCCCAAGCCUAGCAAAUAUGCAAAUGCCCUAUUUGAAGAAAUGUCAGGCUAUUGGAUGGAUUUGAAACCAAAAGAUGAUGUUUCAACAGUUGUUGAUAUAGCUACUUGGAUGCAGAUGAUCGAAUCCGAAGAAUUUAUUGAAAGUAUAAACACUUUUGUGUCAGAUAAUCAAAUCAUGUUUGUACCAAAAAUGAUAAAAGAUUUACCUUUUAUUAAAAAUCGUGUGGAGAAAUUGUUGGCCAAUAAUUAUAUGUUUUAUGGAAGAUUGAAAAAUAUUGUCAUAAAAAGAAGAAAAGAACUUGAAAAAAAUAUUAAUAAUGAUAAUGAUUAUCUUAAAACAAAACAACUUGAUCUAUUAACCUCUUUGAUUGUUGUUAAUACUCCAUAUGACACUCGGCCUCAAAAAAAUGUCAAUCCAGCGUUAUUAAGACCGAUGACUGAUGAUGAAAUACGUGGUGUUAUGUUUGAUGCUUUUGUGGCUGGCACAGAUACGACUGUGAAUACUUUUUGUUUCGUAGUAUAUUACAUUUCACAUUAUCCAGAAGUCAAAAAGAAACUGUUUGAGGAAAUCGAUUCAGUCUUCAAGGAUGAUCCAACCAGAGAAGUAACAACAACAGAUCUUGAAAAAUUAAAAUACUGUGAAGCAAUAAUUAAAGAAACAUCAAGAAUAAGACCCACAGUUAGUAUGCUUUCAAGAUACACUCCCCUUAAACUUGUAACAUCGACAAUCACCAUCUGUAAAGAUUUAAAAGUCAAACUCACUCCCAGAGAAUUAACAACUCGUGCAUAG